AUAUAGUUAGUUGGAUGGAGAGAUCCGCCAUGGAAGUUGCUCCCGAAAAACUUCGUAUAAUUUCCUGGAAGAAAGCUUCAAGUUGAUUUCAAAUUUUCAAUUUCUCUUGUUCAAUUUGUUUUUAACCUUUUAUCCUCAUUUUUUUUGUCUCUCUCUCUUCGGCGUCUGUCGUCGAUCCAUUUCCAAGGUCUGGAAGCUCUAGAAUUUCAACGUGCAGCUUUUCUUAUGUUCUGAGUAUGUUCUUAAUUUCGGAAAUCCAGGAAGCCGUAGUUUCCUCGAAAUUUUCGUAUUUCAUUAACGAAUUGGAUUGAUAAACGCUAAUCAAGUACACUUAAACCCCUUCUUCUUUGGUUUUCAAAAUUAAGAAGUUCUCUUUUUUACUUUUCAGUCUGCUUUCAAUUACUGUUCUGCAACCUGGGCCUUUACUUGAAUCGUUUCAGGUCUGGAUUGACUUGCUAUUCGAGACCCCUUCCCUGUGGGACCUCGGAUUGUUAUUGGGAUCUCUGUUGCUGUUUCAGUUGUUAGCUAGCUUACAAUUCAGCGCUCUAGUUAAGCUAGCAGUGUUUGCUAAAGUGGGUUCUAACUUAACCCUCUUCAUUUUUCUCUUGCUUGUGUCUAAUUGUUUUCUGGGGUUUGAGGCUUGUUGAGAUCCCCGUGUUAAGCUCUUUUAAUAUCUGGAGAUCUUCCGACACGAGGGGGAUUUUCUAAUUGAAGCAUUUAGUAGUAGGAACCAUCUUUUGUUUGUCUGAUUUUUCAUUCAUGAUUGAUAGAAUAUUGUCCUGUUAAUAUUUUUAUUAAAUCGAUACUAAAUUCCUUUGGGUUUGUAUUUCAUGCACUGAGAAUUCAUCUGAGUUCCUGUUUCUUUUCAAGCAUCUUCAUCCCUUUUUCUUAGUUUAUGAUGGCGGCUUAGAAGGCAAGGGCUGGUAUUUCUUUUGCUUUUGGUUCCAAGCUGAUGAGUCUCUCCCGGCCCCUUUCUUAAUCAAUUCUUGAAACCUUACAAGGAUUUGAGAUUGGGAAGGGAGGGUCUACAAGGAAUUUUGUCCUUCGGCUUCUUAUUGUUUUUAGAUUAGUAGAAUGGAUUGAUCAUAUUAUAUCUCCUCCCUGUUACCAUUCCAUGUUAACCUGCAAUUCAUUUUGAGGGUUCACCUUCGUUCAAUGUUCUAGUUGUAUUCCCAGUUAGUGUUUGGGGAAUAGUUGAAGACUUAUUGGUUAGAGGACUCCCUCUGUUUUCUCCAUCAGAUCUUGUAUAAGCAUUAGUUUUGGUUUAUCAUAGAGGUAUUUCAAUUUCAUCCAAAAACAUCUAAUCUUCUUCAUCAGUAUUUGGGAAUUUGGGGUCUGGGUUCCUUGUUUCUCCAGUAAUUUUGUAUGCGAUGGCAGAGUGUAAAUCCUUCAUACCAACCAUAGAAGGAGAAGAACACGUAAUUGCUGCGGCACAGCACAUAGUAAGGGCAUUAGGGUCAAACAAGAAUUUGACAGAUGAUAUGAGGAAAAUCCUGAGAGAACUUGACACCCAAUUAUCCAGCAUGACUCUGGUUGCUGCAAACAAGAAAAUGGAACUAAGAGAGAUUGAAGAACAUCUCAAUUUCAUUCAGGAGAAGGUCACAAGUCGGGAGUCUGAGCAGUCUAUGAUAUGGGAAUCCAGCCCAAAAGAAGCAUCCGAGUAUCUAAAGGUCGUUGAUGAAGUACGAAGGCUGACAGAAAACUUGGGAAGCAUGCCGUUAAAUAAAGGAGAAGAGAACAAACUCCUAUGUCGAGCUCAUAGUAUUCUUCAAACAGCCAUGGUGAGGCUAGAGGAAGAGUUCAGUAAUAUUCUUAUUCAGAACAGGCAACCCUUUGAACCAGAGCAUAUGUCCUUCCGCUCCAGUGAAGGAGAUAUUGUGGAUGACGUAUCAACCGUUUCAGUUUAUGACAAUGCAGGUGAGGAUUCUCUUAGGAGAGAUAGUUGUAGCAAAGGCAUAGAGGAAUACAUCAUAGAUUUAGUCAAUCCAGAUGUAAUUCCUGACCUUAAGUGCAUAGCAGAUGUGAUGUUCAUGUCAAAUUUUGAUCAUGAAUGUCGCCAGGCUUAUAUUAACAUCCGGAAAGAUGCCUUGGAUGAAUGCCUCUUCAUUCUUGAAAUGGAGAAACUGAGCAUCGAGGAUGUGCUGAAGAUGGAAUGGAGUAGUUUGAAUUGCAAUAUUAAGAAGUGGAUGCGGGCUAUGAAGCCAUUUAUCAGGGUGUAUCUUGCCAGUGAGAAACGGCUCUGUGACCAGAUCUUUGGGGAGUUUGGACCAGUUAGUUCCACUUGUUUUGUUGAGACAUCAAAGGCUUCAAUGCUGCAGCUCUUGAAUUUUAGCGAAGCUAUAGCAAUUGGACCUCGCCGGCCAGAAAAGUUGUUUCGGCUACUCGACAUGUAUGAAGUGCUGGCCGAUCUUCUCCCAGAUGUAGAUGCUUUGUUCUCAGAUGAUACUGGGUCUUCUAUUCAAUUUGAAUGCCGUGAAGGACUAAAGAGAUUGGGUGACUCUGUUAGGGGAACAUUAUUGGAAUUCGAGAAUGCUGUUCGGUCAAACACAUCAACUAAUCCAUUUGCUGGAGGUGGAAUCCACCCCAUGACCAGGUAUGUCAUGAAUUUUAUUAAGGCCUUGACUGAUUAUAGUGAUACUCUCAAUUUUAUCCUUAAAGACAAAGAUGGGGUGGAUCUAGAGUCACUGUCGCCCAAUGUCAAUCCAGUUAUAGAAGAGGAGAAAGACACAGAAAGCUCUUCUUACAAUACCUGCCCUAUGGCUCACCAUCUUCAGUCCAUUACUUCAAUUUUGGAAUCCAACCUUGAUGGUAAGUCCAAAUUAUACAAGGAUGCGUCAAUGCAACACUUCUUUGUGAUGAAUAACAUCUGUUACAUGGUCCAGAAGGUCAAGGGAUCUGAACUUGGGGCCCUUUUGGGGGACAACUGGAUCCGACGACACAAUUGGAAAUUCCAGCAGCAUGCAAUGAGUUAUGAAAGAGCUGCUUGGAGUUCUGUACUCUCUUUCCUCAGGGAUGAAGGGAUAUCUGAUGCAGGUUCCAACUCUGUCUCAAAGGCACUUCUCAAGAAGAGAAUUAGAAACUUCAAUCUUGCAUUUGAAGAGGUUUACAAGAGCCAGACAGGGUGGGUCAUCCCAGAUCCUCAGCUUCGCGAGGAUUUACGGAUCUCAUUAUCCCUGAAAGUAGUCCAGGCAUACCGGACGUUCAUGGGAAGGCAUGCCAGUCAGCUGGAUGGUGGAUGGCACAGUGACAAGUAUAUCAAGUACAGUGCAGAUGACCUGCAAAAUUAUCUCUUGGAUCUCUUUGAGGGUUCACCAAGAUCACUGCAUAAUUCACGCAGGAGGUGAAUCCAUAAGAAUGUCAGUUUCUGGAUUAGCUUUUUUUCCCUUCAUUUUCUGUACAUGUUUAUGAUAAGAUGUUGAGUUAACCAUGUUCAUUAACCUUAACCUGGAGAUAAAUUUCUUAUUUUUGUAUUUCUAUUAUACAAGUGCACCAGAAAAUUUUGGAAGUUGUAAUUAUUUUAUGCAUUUUCUUUUGGUAAUGCAUAAAUUGGGGAUAUAGGCAUGAAUGUUCAUUUGAGCUUGCCUGUUUGUCUAGUAGAUGCAAUCACAUUAUACCAC